CAAUGCCCGUCCGUUGUUGUUGUCAAGUCUGCUAGAGUAGUGCCAAAUAAAAACAGGCCUUUGGCCGUCGCAGUGUCGUCCACCGUUUUGCCAUGGCCUCGUUGUUGAUCUGGGCCUUAUAGAGCUGCGCUCGGGAUGGAGCUCGCCACCAAUUCGCUGGCUGGGGAGGUCUGGAGGGAUUGUGCAAGCUGGCUGACCAGAUGCGAAGUGUUGCGCCCUGACCACAAGGCGAACUGGGCGGACGCAUCGGUGUCGGACCUCGCCUACACCUUAAGGGACGGUGUUCUCCUGUGCAACCUUCUCAACGGUCUGGAGCCAGGAUGCAUCGAGAUGAAAGACGUGAACCAGAAGCCUCAGAUGGCCCAGUUCCUGUGCCUUCGCAAUAUCAAGGCUUUUCUCCAAGUGUGCCAUGACCACUUUGGCUUGAAGAAGAAUGAACUGUUUGAGCCGUCAAUGCUUUUCGAUCUGUCAGACUUUUUCAGGGUAUUGCAUACCCUGUCCAAGCUCUCCAACAGUCCACGCAUUCAGCGUAAAAAUAUACCUGGAUUUUCAUUCAAACCAAGAACCCUAUCGCAAGAAGACAUCUAUAGAAAUUUACAUGCAAAUGUUGAGACUCCUUCAGAUCCUGACAUUACUCCAGCUUGGGAAACGUGGAGAACCGUUCCCUGGUUACAGUUCACUAUCCCUUGUCCUAAGUUUGGUGAAGUUGAAGAAGAGCUAUAUGAGGAUCUAUUUUAUGUCACAUUCACCAAUGAGGUACCAUGUCCAAUUACUCACAGCUUAGAAAAGAGAGACUAUGUCAUCAAUGAACUUGUGGAAACAGAAAAAAAAUAUGUUGAUGUGUUAUCUACACUUCAACGAUCUUUCAUGCGACCUUUGGGGCUUAUCAUAAAAGAGGAAGAUAUGAAAAUUGUCUUCCAUGGAAUUAAGGAGCUUUCUGAAAUUCAUGCAGGCUUUCAUAGCCAACUUCGAAAAGCUUGCACUCCUCAGAGUACCCUUCGUCUAAGUGAAGUUUUUAUAAAUUGGAGAGAAAAAUUCCUUAUAUAUGGGGAUUAUUGUGCAAACCUUACUGGUGCUCAAAAUCUUAUCCAGGAACUUUGCACUAAAGACAAUACUAUAAACCAGGAAGUGAUUAGAUGCCAACAAGAUGCUAACAAUGGAAAAUUUAAGUUAAGAGAUAUACUUUCUGUUCCAAUGCAAAGAAUACUUAAGUAUCAUUUGCUCCUUGACAAACUCAUAAGUGAAACUCAACAUAAUCAUGAUGAUUUUAGAGGUCUUGAACGUGCUAAAGAAGCAAUGGUUGAUGUUGCUCAAUAUUGCAAUGAAGUCAAGCGAGAUAGUGAUACCUUGCAGAUCAUGCAUGAUAUUCAAGAGAGUAUAUCUGAUUGGGUUAUGCCUGAGGACACAGAGCUGAAAGAUUAUGGACGGUUGCUAAAAGAUGGAGAGCUGAGAAUCAAGGCACACAAUGACCAGAAAGUGAAAGUCAGAUAUGUGUUCAUAUUUGAUCAAGUUAUGCUCAUGUGCAAGUCAGUCAGAGGUGACCAGUACAGUUUCAAAGAAUCUCUUCCUUUGCGAGAGUACAAAGUUGAAGAUGUCACAAAUCGACGGGUUCUUCAUCAAAGUUCCCGAUGGAGUUACCAAUGGUUACUUGUUCGCAAAAGUGAGCGUACUGCUUUCACAAUGUAUGCCCGUACAGAGGAUCAAAAGAGAAAGUGGAUUAAAGCUAUUCAGGACGCCCUUGACAACAUUGAACCAGCUGUUUGCCGUAACACUGAUCAUCGUUUCCAAAUGACAACAUUUGAGAAGCCUACUACGUGCAAUCACUGCAGUAAAUUCUUGAAAGGAAGAAUAUUUCAGGGAUACCGAUGUGAAAGAUGUUUAAUUGCUUGUCACAAGCCAUGCAUUCCUUUUGCUGGACGAUGUGGCAUGAAACCUCCUCCAGAACUGCCACCUAGGCCCCCAUUACUUAGCCCAAGACAUGACUCUGAUCCCAAUGCUAUAAACCACACAAUACAGCUUCCUCAACCAUUGCCUUUAGUAGCAGAAGGAAGUAGACGUUCAUGGACUCAUGAUAUGGAUCUUCUUAAGGAGUAUUUAUGGUUUGUUGGAGAGAUGGGGCGUGAUCAAGCCUCCAGUCUCCUUGAACAAACUGCUGAUGGCACAUAUUUGUUGAGGAUUCGUCCUCAAGGACCAACUCACCCCAAUGAGACUGCAUAUGCCUUAAGCAUGAAGGCUGACAAUGAGGUUAAGCAUAUGAAAGUGUAUGAAAAAGAAAUUGACAAUAUUCCUCAUUACUAUUUGUCUGAAUCUCGAUUCUUUCGAAGUGUUGUGGAACUGAUAAGUUGCUAUGAGCACACAAGUCUUGCUGAAAACUUCAGCGGGUUACAUGUUAAAUUGCGUUGGCCAUUCCGUCGAAUAGUUGUUGUUGCUGAAUUAGACUAUGAUCCAACGGAACCAAAUCAGUUACCUCUAAAGAAAGGUGCUCAAGUCGUUGUAUUGAGUAAGGAGGCUGACCACAUGGGCUGGUGGAAAGGCAAAGUCAACGAUCGGGUUGGUUUUUUUCCCAAAGUGUAUGUGCGUGAAAUUUCAGAAACAUUUAAUCUAGAAUGAAAUUCCUUAUCAAGUCAUUAAUCUGUUUGACCUUGUCUUAAGAAAUACAUUUACAUGUUUAUGUAUGUGUCUAUUUGCUGCCUGUUUCAUGUUCUAUUGUGCCUUUUAAUUGGUAUUUAUGUUUGUCCAUAUCAUUUGCUAAGCAUGAAAGCACAUUAUAUAUUUCAGUCGCCAGUCAAAUCAUGUCAAGUAGGUCUAUUGAUGAGUUAAGCUUGUUUGUGUACUGUUAAUGGAAAUAUGUUUAAAUUUAGAUUAAUCUGUGCCAAGAUGAAAUAGACUGAAGGUAUUGAUUUCAAAGCUUAUUCAUGAGACUAUUGUUAUAAUGAAAUUUUCUUUACUUGUUAAUGUACAGUGUAUAUUGUUAUCUUAAUAGCUGACCCUUUUUUUAUAAAUUUUUGUGUUACCAUAGUUCUUAUAUUUUGUUGUUUUGACCCUCUGGUACCAGUUGCUGAUAUUUGAGUCGAGAUAUGUUGGUUUCCAUACACAGUCCUGCCCUGGUCCUGCCUUUCUCACAAAUCCAGGACUCAAGUAAACAUUUACUCCUCCUGUGUUUUAAGCAUCACUACUUGGCGUUAUUUUCCAUUUUUUCAUAUUCCUUGUGGCCUCUUGCUUUUAACAACUUCCAAUUGUCAAUUUUGUUUAUUAUUAUACAUCUUAUAUUUGUGAAAAGCCAUGUAACAAAGACAUUUGCAUUGCAGUCAAAUUUCAUUUGUUGAUUUCAACCUUCUCAAUGAAGAAGUGCAGGGUUUAUGCCUACCAAAUGUCUUAUGGGAAUUGCGGUAUGUAUGAUGGAUGUUUAGGACUGUUUAAGGAGACUGAGGACGGAAUUUUCCGACUGAUAGAGUGUGAUGAACGAAAUGAAUUAGGGAAACAAAUGGCCCACCAGGAUCUUCUGUAAUUGUAACUUAGAGCGUAAUUAGUAAGUGGUUUCAACAUAAAAGCAACAAAAUGUACCUCAACUGCGUUUGACAGCCACUCAGUUGAUAUUAUCUAUUUUCAUAUGUGCCUUGAAUAUUCAAACUUCAUUUCUUGCCUGAACUACUACCAUCUGGUUAUGUUUGCGUGCAUGCCUCAUCAUCCAUGUUGCUGAUCUUGAAACCUAUAGACGAUAAAUUCAUGCCUAGAGAUUUACUAUUUUACAUUGCUACCUGUCCGACAUACUCCAAAUCUAUGUCACAUUUCCAUUAAUGAAAUAUUGAUUAAGUCCUUGUCUUGUGAAUGUUCUAUGAAAUAUGCAUGUCCCAGAUAUUGAGCACAAAUUUCAUUUUGUUCAUAACAAUUUACCUUUCUGGUAUCCCAGAGCUUCUUUGGUGCAAUUUCUAUGAUAGAUUGCAGUUCUAUGUUAUAUAAAUUAUAUAGCAUUUGUGUAUCUGUGAUUUUCUUGUUUUGUGUUCAUGUUUCAUCUCCACAACUAUCGCCUUUCAUUUAUGGAACAGCUUUUUUUAUAUAGGUACUUUUUCUUCUUUCUGAGUGAAUCACGGAAAGUGGUUUCUUCCUUUAUUUUUACUUUCAUGUUAGAUCAGUUCAAUAUGUUUUGUUUCCAUUCUAAUAGUUUUAUUAUCUUUUUUGCCAUCUUUCAGCUAUUGUGAUGAAUUUUCAUUUUGUUAUGAUGCUUAACCAUUAUUUCAUAAUUUAUCUUGAUGAAUUGAGUGUUUAGUUGAAGUGCUUUUUGUGUACACCAACCUCUUCAGUUUUGUAGCCAAAUCUGUUGAUGGUAUCAUUUAGUACUAAUCACUUGUGAACCAUGUUAAAAUUUGUUUUGGGUCACACUAUGCUCACGGAUACAUGUUUACCCCUUUUAAAAUAUAUCUGUUGUUAAACUAGAUGUUGUUGGUGUCAAAAAUAGAUGAAUACACUUCUGUCCAAUGAAAUUAUAUCUUUAUUAUUAGGAUUUGUCCAGAAAUGUGAUUUUUAGUCAGUGAAUAUCUUUUAAAAAAAACACACACAACUGUAAAAGUCAGCAUUUCAUUUUCUCAUAAGUCACAGGACUUGGUGCAAAAGUCUUGUUUGUCAUCAUCUUAUUGGACGUUACUAUUCAUGCAUUUAAUGCUGAGGACUAGUCAAGUCGAGGAAAAUAAUUAUAUGUGGACAAUAAAACAAAAUAUUUAA